AUGCCAAUUAGCAUUGCAAGUGCCGCUGCCCUGUUUUGGAAUUCGAUUGAUCCUGUACUUACUGGAUUUUUCUUAGCGCAGGUCCGUAGUGUCAGCCCCAAAAGACUGAUCGAUCUGAAGCCGUCCUUGGACGAUUCACUCGAUGUGCGACUUGUCGAAGUCAAAAGCGAAAUACCCGAGUAUGUUGCGCUGAGCUACUGCUGGGGCAAUUCCACAGGCAACGAAUACAAACUGACCUCAGAGAAUCUCGAGAGCAAAAUGAAAAGAAUAGCCCAUGGAGAGCUGCCGAAGACUUUCCAACACGUCUUCUCCAUCGUGCGGUCGCUUGGAUACAGAUUUAUUUGGAUCGAUGCGUUGUGCAUCUUACAGGACAAGGACUCGGAAAAAGACUGGAUAGAUGAAUCAGAGAAGAUGGGGUCGAUUUUUGGCAACGCAGUUUUUACCAUUGCAUCGAAUGCUACCGAUGAUCCGUACAAAGGCCUUUACAAUGACCGAAGCUCCAACCUUCCCAUACCUGACAAGGUCACUGUCCGAACGACCUUGCCAGACGGCACCGCCAGCAGCCUGAUGUUUUUCGACAGUCCUUCUGGAUACGAAGCAGAGAACACUUUCGGAAUGAUGUCUGGUCCGGUAUCACAACGAGGAUGGACACUACAAGAACGCAUGCUUUCCCCCCGCACCCUUCACUAUACAAGCAAGCAGCUUGUGUGGGAGUGUCGUGAGACAUACGAGACGGAGGACGGCAGCGGAUCGUGGGAUCGUUGGGUCCCCGAUACCACAAUGGCUAGGAUGGUAAAGGAUAUCUCAGCAGGAUCUCUCGACCAGAAAGGCACUCGCAAGCGGCUAACGUUGUGGUACCGUGAUAUUGUUCCAAACUAUACAGAGAGGAAGGUCACGGUGCCUUCCGACAAAUUUCCAGCUCUCUCUGGACUUUCGCGCCUCUUGUCUUCUUACCUCCCUGGCUGGACGUUUUUAGCAGGGAUUUGGGUGCCAAAGCUCCCGUGUCAUGAUGCCUUCGACUUGGAAAGUCUCGCUUGUGGGUUACUCUGGUACCACGAUCACAGCACUACUUUGACAGCUCUGAACGAACUUAGAGCACCAUCGUUUUCAUGGGCAGCUCUAGAAGGAAAAGUCUCAUACAGCACUCGGCUGCUGUUACCCCCGGGAUAUGUAGAUCGAUUAUAUUGUGAGAUAGCGAAAGAAACUAACUCUAUGAAGGCAGAUGAAUGUGACUUUCCUGAGGGUUGUUGCGGAUCUUUCAUCAUCUCCUACAGAUUUCAGGGAGGGGCUUGGGGCAGUUGCGGUGGAGGCGACUGGAAUGGGCUCAGGGAGGAAUACGGUGAGAUGGCAUUCGAGAUAAUAAGCUUCACAAAUGAUCUGGAGACCAAAGACACCUUCGGCCGCGUGCGAUCAGGGACAUUGACUCUACGAGGAUACCCUCAGCGAGGUUUCGCUUACGACAAGUCGUACAUUCUUCGGAACAAGCAGAACGAACCCGUGGGCCACGUAUUUCCGGACUUUGACGACAUUGAUUCCACUCAGACUCUCUACUUCCCUUUGGGCUCCCACGGACAUGUUGCAUACUGUCUGAUGCUGCGACUGUCGGGCCCUGAGUCGACGAAUACUUACGUACGAGUGGGUGUUGGUGGACUGGAGAUAGAAGAAUUGACCUGGGUCUCGGAGAAAAUUGUGCUAAUAUAA